CUCAAAGCGAGAGAAGAAGUUAUCCUCAGGAUGCCAUGGAAGAUCUCAAGAACAUUGUGAGGAGGCUUCGUUAUGAUUAGUAGAAUCGCAAUACUACAUUCUGGUCAAUGUGAGCCAUUCGUCUUUUUAACAAUCUGACUCCACUAUUGAACUGUGUUUUCCGCUUUCGUUCUUCUAAAUGACUGAAGGUUGGAUCCGCAACAGCGAACUCUUUGGUCGGAUGGAUACAAUGACUCCUACUCAGUACAUCUUUGACUCCCCAUUCAAGCCAUACGGCCAUUGGCUACAUAGUCAUAAGUGUUCGAAAACAAAAUUUUCUCACGUUCAUUGGAGACCCUCUUUCUUCCAAACCGUUGGAAAUCUAUAUCCCCACAGAUUCACGAGAACUUCCUUCGCGAAAUCAACAAGUCAUGCCUACAAGUUCUACUACUGUUAUCCGCUAUCGUUACUCCCAUCGAGCUUAUGUUGAAGUGCAACUGAGACAGCGACAUGAUACUCACCCGCUUGUGAGUGAUGAAAUAACGAGACGGAGAAGGUCCAACUCCACACGAGAAGGCGUUGAACAUGUCUCCACCAGAUCCAGUCGCGCCCCGGGAUCACGCGAACGUCAUUCACAAAGGGAGAGUCGCAGUGACAGGCGCAAUGCACCUUCUACAUCCAAAGAGAGUCGCAAUGGAUUGCAAGAAAAGGACCUACUGCGCCGUGGUGACUACGUGGUCACAGGACUUCUACGUGAGGAAGAUCUCGGAUACGUAGAUCCUCGCAGGCCAGACAACCCCUACUUCAACGAGCGCGUGUUUCGUUCAUACUGCGACGAUCACCCAAAUUUGUCGGCAAAGCAGAAAAGAAUCGUUGAUGGAUACCAAGCUGCGAUAGACAAAUCUGCAGCAGCCACCAAAGAAAAACUAAAAACGAUAUAUUGUGAUGAAGAAUGGGACAUAGAAAUAUGGCCCGUUGACGACAAAUGCCAAGCGGUGCUCAGGUUCUGGUCCUUUGAAGAUGGCGGGGAGAAGGUGCUCAAUGAACCAAGCCUUCAGAGUGGCCGAUUUACAUAUCCCGACGACGCAGUGGAAGACUUGAGGUGGGUGGUCAAUAAUCACUAUAUGUAAAGAUGAUCAGCUGCUGGAGAGGAAUUGAAAGGUUCAUCGGGUAACAAUAUCUACAUCACUGCUGCAAGUGUAAUGUUAGCUAAAUUGGGACAUUAUGUACAUUUAUGGUAGAAUGCAUCUUGUAUCACUG